UUUUUUUUUUACUCAUUUAUUUGUUGAUCAAAUCGAGUUACCGCUUUUCGGGCUAGUAAGGUCAUUUCAGUUUCUUCAUCAGUUCCAUGUUUCUGUAGCAGCAUAAGGUGUACCCGCUCUACACGGUUUUUUAACUAGUCCAAUAAGUCGAUUUAGGACACAGGGUCCAAAGGUUAGGGUGAGUAAUAAUAUCAUCAAGGGUCCAGCUAUUGUGGAUAGCAAUGUAGUUAGCCACGGGGACUGAAUAAACCAAGACUCGUACCACCCUUUUGCAGCUUCUCUUUCCCUUUUUCUCUGUUUUUCCCAAGGACAUUGAAUAGGCACAGACUCCUUGUUUAUGGUAUACCGACGAUUAUCCCCUAUAGCUUCAUAAAAGGGUGGAUUAACAUUAUAACACAACCAGCAACCCAUGGUUAAGUUGGGUUGAGUAUAGUUUAGGGUUUGAUAAGCAGCCAGGAUAAUCCCCCAUAGAGGAUUCAAAGAUUCCGGGGCUUCAAUAUUCAGAGAUUUCAAGGCUUCAGUGACAGUUUCCUCUAUUACUAUUAUAUUCUCCUUCUCUACUGUCUUUGUCUCCCUACCUAGAGGGGGAGGGGAUUUUACUACUGGAUUGGGACCUAUUGCUCGAGGGGUCGGUUUAACUUCUUCUUUCUUUAUGAGAAACAUGCCUCCUCUAUCAGCACCCGGUUGAUAAUAUCGCAUUCCCCAGGUUUUUCCAACAAACCAUCCACUAUGUUCAGGAUCUGUUACGUUAAGGAAUAUAUAUUCACAGUUGCUGUCGGGUGGGGUGUACCCGUGGGGAGCUAAUUGUAGGGAACUCAUUUCUCCCGAGGGAGCAGUGCACCCUGCAGGUCCCCAUCCAACCCUUAAGAACUUAUCAGUAUUUGCCCGAGGAACUGGCCAGUUUGAAGCAAUCGUUUCACACCCCCAGUAAGCGCAGUAAUAGUGUCCUGGGGUAUUACAAUACGAGGGCCCUGUGCUGGGGCACAUAUAAAACCCUAUUUUGUUAAGGCAUGGCUCAAUCUGAACUAAUUGGCAUAAGGUUGUAGUAAAAGAAGGUGACCCUGAUGUGGUCUGUUGUUGUAUUAUCAUUUGGUCCUCCCAUCGAUAGAGAGUCCAUUUAAAAGGUUGGUGGGAACUCCCCUGGUUUAUUGCUAUUAUUACCGGUAAGGUAAGGAGGAUUAGGGAGAGCGACCCGGCCCCUGGUUGGCUGAAAAUCAGCCAGUGGAGGUUCAUUUUGUUGAGGGUUGUUCUGCUUAACGGAGCUGCUUUAUUUUAGAAGUCUUCGGAGGCACUUGCCAAUCCCCACAAGGAUACCCCUCUGCCUUGCCCUGGGCCUACUCUGUUGCUUCAGAAUAGCCGGGUAAGUUAUCUUCUCGGCAGCAGUUGUAGUCUUCAGGGACUGCCUCCUGAAUUCUCUCCUUGUUCUGUCACAACCCACUUUCCAAUACUCAACCCAAUAGGGCUAUUUUCAAAUACAAGGGUUUUGCCACUGUCCCGAAUCCUCACAGGGUUUGGAACACUUCCUCUUGGUUAUUUCCCAAAUGUCUGGACUUAUCGGUGAUUAUUAAUAUCCCAGUGGUAUCUAAGGUUUUUCCCCAACACUCAUUACACCAUCGUUCAACAUACGGAAACUUUUUUUCACUGCUGUAUCUCGCACCCGUUACACACGCAACGUACCCACAGAUUGCAUUGCUUACAUACAGGACAUGCAAUGUGCGACUUAUGUAAUUCCUUACAAUUGUCCAUAAAAAGCCUAAUAUCCAGGGCUAUGCGUCACGUGUCUGUUUCCUCUUGAAGGUCAGCUUCAACUCAUCCGGUUCCCCGGUGACUUCCCAGUCUGUAUGUAGGAUUGGACCUUUUACUCGACUAGCGUGUGUCCAUCCUCUUUCCGCUGUGCGGACUGCAGUAUCUGUGGUGAGUAAAACAAGGAAAGGUCCCUCCCAGCGAGGGGUUAACGAUGAUUCCUUCCAUGUUUUUACGAGUACUUGAUCUCCUCCUUUGAUCAUCUUACCGGGGCGGGAGAAGCUUUCCCUUCGAGCGCAGCCACGGCGGCAGCGGUAGCAACAGUGAUUCUAGAACAAAUUAAAUAAUGGUUGGAAGCUAGAAAUCAGCAAAGGAAAUGAUGACGUCUUGUCAUAGAGAACUCUCUGCUGAGGGCCACCGAGGCACCUGUUUAUUCAGCCCAACAGGGGAUUGUGUGACUUUGCUGCCUUCCAGGUGCUGACGUCCGGGAUGUGACUGAGGAGAUGCCACAACUUCUUUAAAAUGUGGACCGUUAUUCCUUAUUGCUCUUUCACGUGGGCACAAAUGUCAGGGCAAGGAGGAACCUGGGCAGAAUCAAGUAAGGCUGUGAAACUCUAGGGGUGCAACUGAGAGGGAUAGGUGCUCAAAGGAUCUGUAUCUCUGUUUUUCCCAGUCAGAGGAAAGGGUGCAGGCAGGAGCAGACACAUGAUGUGAGUCAACACUUGGCUUUUUGGCUGGUGCUGCCACCAGGGUUGUGGCUUUCACGAUGAUGGGACACACAGUGAUGACUCUGACCUGCGAAGGGGGAGAUGGGACCCGUCCGAGUAGAAAAGGCAAAGGAAUGUUUGCCAACAGUCACCCGGCCCGUCCCCACCAGCCGGCGUGUCCCGCCGUGUCUCGGUGCCCCCGAGCCCAGAACUCCAAUUGCAGGGGACCCGUGUGGCCAGGGGUGGCGGGCAGGGCCAGGGGCCGCAAGGACACAGCGGUGCUCCCGGUGCCCGCCCCCCCGAGCCGAGCGGGGCGGAGCGGCAGGACUACACCUCCCGUGCUGCACCGGCGGCGGGCGGCCCUCCCGGGCUGACGCUGCCGGCGGCUCCCGGCGCCGCCUUUGUCCGUGCGGGGCUGGCGGCGCGGCCCCGGCGCAAGGACCAUCUGUCCUGGCUGUGCUGGUGCGGCUGGUGACGGGACAGGCACCUCGAGUGGAAUCCCGAGCAUCCCGCCUCCCUCUUCCCAGAUCAAUACCUGCACGAGCCUCCAUCUCCGCGCCGAGAGCAGCGACGCGCCGGGCUCCAGGCUGCUGCGGCAAGAUGUCGGUGACGUUUGAGGACGUGGCGCUCUGCUUCUCCCCCGAGGAGUGGGCAAAGCUGUCGGGCUGUCAGCGGCAGCUCUACCGGGAGGUGAUGCUGGAGAACUAUGAGAUGGUCGCCUCGCUGGGCUGGGCCACCAUCAAACCAGAGAUUAUCUGCAAGAUAGAGCGAGAAGAGACACCGUGCGUGCCAGAGCCCCUUCGGGAACAGCAGAGGUACCAGACACCUGUGCCAGCUGUUGACCUCAGGACCCAGAGGGAGGCCAAGGGAGUCAGGAGCUUUGUCCAGAGGCAGCACCUGCUGAGUCACCAGCAGAUUGACAGUGGGGAGAAGCCCUUCAGCUGCACCGACUGUGGCAAGAGCUUCAGAGCCAAGAGGUAUCUCAUCAUCCACCAGCGCAAUCACACUGGGGAGAAGCCGUUUGCCUGCACUGACUGUGGCAAGAGCUUUAUGGAGAAGGGGACCCUCAUCACUCACCAGCGCAUCCACACUGCAGAGAAGCCCUUUGCCUGCACUGAGUGCGGUAGGAGCUUCAGACAGAAGAGCAGCCUGCUGACUCACCAGCGUAUCCAUACUGGAGAGAAGCCCUUCACCUGCACUGAGUGCGGUAAGAGCUUUAGCCACAAGAACAGCCUCCUGAUUCACCAGCACAUCCAUACUGGGGAGAAGCCCUUCACCUGCACUGAGUGCGGCAAGAGCUUCACAGGAAAGCAGUCCUUCAUCAACCACCAGCGCAUCCACACCGGGGAGAAGCCCUUCUCCUGCACUGACUGUGGCAAGAGCUUCACAUUAAAGCAGUCCCUCAUCACUCACCAGCGCAUCCACACGGGGGAAAAGCCCUUCACCUGCACUGAGUGUGGCAGGAGCUUCAGUGAGAAGAAGACCCUCAUUAUCCACCAGCGCAUCCACACCGGGGAGAAGCCAUUCGCCUGUACCAACUGUGGCCAGAGCUUCAGGGCAAAGAAGACCCUCGUCCUCCACCAGCGCAUCCACACUGGGGAGAAGCCCUUCAAAUGCACUGAGUGUGGUAAGAGCUUCGACUUCAGUGACAGACUGAUUAGGCACCAGCGCAUGCACACAGGGGAGAAGCCCUUCACCUGCAACGACUGUGGCAAGAGCUUCCGGGAGAAGAAGACCCUCAUCAUCCACCAGCGCAUCCACACCAGGGAGAAGCCCUUCACCUGCACUGAAUGCGGCCAGAGCUUCAGGGCAAAGGAUACCCUCGUCUUCCACCAGCGUAUCCACACCGGGGAGAAGCCCUUUAUCUGCAAUGACUGUGGCCAGAGGUUCAGGGAGAAGAAGAAACUCAUAAUCCACCAGCGCAUCCACACUGGGGAGAAGCCAUUUACCUGCAAUGACUGUGGCCAGAGCUUCAGGGAGAAGAAGAAACUCAUCGUCCACCAGCGCAUCCACACUGGGGAGAAGCCCUUCACCUGCACCGAGUGCGGUAAGAGCUUCAGCCGGAAGAGAAGCCUGCUUGGGCACCAGCGCAUCCACACUGGGGAGAAGCCCUUCACCUGCACCAACUGUGGCAAGAGGUUCAGGGCAAAGACGACCCUCAUCAUUCACCAGCGCAUUCACACCGGGGAGAAGCCCUUCACCUGCACUGAGUGCGGCAAGAGCUUCACAGGAAAGCAGUCCUUCAUCAACCACCAGCGCAUCCACACCGGGGAGAAGCCCUUCUCCUGCACUGACUGUGGCAAGAGCUUCACAUUAAAGCAGUCCCUCAUCACUCACCAGCGCAUCCACACGGGGGAAAAGCCCUUCACCUGCACUGAGUGUGGCAGGAGCUUCAGUGAGAAGAAGACCCUCAUUAUCCACCAGCGCAUCCACACCGGGGAGAAGCCAUUCGCCUGUACCAACUGUGGCCAGAGCUUCAGGGCAAAGAAGACCCUCGUCCUCCACCAGCGCAUCCACACUGGGGAGAAGCCCUUCAAAUGCACUGAGUGUGGUAAGAGCUUCGACUUCAGUGACAGACUGAUUAGGCACCAGCGCAUGCACACAGGGGAGAAGCCCUUCACCUGCAACGACUGUGGCAAGAGCUUCCGGGAGAAGAAGACCCUCAUCAUCCACCAGCGCAUCCACACCAGGGAGAAGCCCUUCACCUGCACUGAAUGCGGCCAGAGCUUCAGGGCAAAGGAUACCCUCGUCUUCCACCAGCGUAUCCACACCGGGGAGAAGCCCUUUAUCUGCAAUGACUGUGGCCAGAGGUUCAGGGAGAAGAAGAAACUCAUAAUCCACCAGCGCAUCCACACUGGGGAGAAGCCAUUUACCUGCAAUGACUGUGGCCAGAGCUUCAGGGAGAAGAAGAAACUCAUCGUCCACCAGCGCAUCCACACUGGGGAGAAGCCCUUCACCUGCACCGAGUGCGGUAAGAGCUUCAGCCGGAAGAGAAGCCUGCUUGGGCACCAGCGCAUCCACACUGGGGAGAAGCCCUUCACCUGCACCAACUGUGGCAAGAGGUUCAGGGCAAAGACGACCCUCAUCAUUCACCAGCGCAUUCACACCGGGGAGAAGCCCUUCACCUGCACGGAAUGCGGCAAGAGCUUUAGCCAGAAGAGUAGCCUGUUUGGGCACCAGAGCAUCCACACCGGGGUGAAGCCCUUCACCUGCACCGACUGCGGCAAGAGCUUUAGCCAGAAGCGUAGCCUGCUUGGGCACCAGAGCAUCCACACCGGGGAGAAGCCCUUCACCUGCAUCGACUGCGGCAAGAGCUUUAGCCAGAAGAGUAGCCUGUUUGGGCACCAGAGCAUCCACACUGGGGAGAAGCGCUUCACCUGCACGGAAUGCGGUAAGAGCUUUGUCCAUAAAAAAAGCCUGCUUGGGCACCAGCGGAUCCACACUGGUGAGAAGCCCUUCACCUGCACCGACUGCGGCAAGAGCUUCAGAGUUAAGUGGAGCCUCAUCAUCCACCAGCGCAUCCACACCGGGGAGGAGCCCUACAAGUGCUGCAAGUGCGGCAAGACCUUCAAGCAGAAGUGUUACCCAAUGAGACACCAGUGUGUGCCGAAGGACCCAGAUAUUGUGCUGGAGGGUGUCCAGCAGAAGAGGGAGGGUCCUUCCCCAGCAGGGGGGCAGGCAGAGGCCAAACCCUUCCAGUGCGGUGUCUGCGAGAAGCAGUUUUGGAAGGAGAAUCUCUUGCUGGCUCACCAGCGCACCCACGGCACCUCCAGCCUGCAGCCGCCUCCGCAGCCCGGCACACCCUGAAUCUGCUGCUGAGGGGCACGUGAGGUCUGGUGGCUGCUGCGGGGGUGGCUGUGGAGUGAUGUCCUGGUUUUGUUUAGCACAGAGUCAAUGUUUUUCUGAGUAGCUGGUUUAGUGCUAUGUUUUGGAAUGAAAAUGAGAACAAUGUUUCUAAUACACGAAUGUUUUGUUUGAUGCUGAGCAGUCAAGGACAUUGGAUCUUCUGGUGCCCUGCCAGCUGGGAGGGGGCACAGCCGGGACAGCUGCCCCAAAGUGGCCAAAGGGCUGUUCCUUACCAUCUGAUGUCAUGGUCAGUACAGAAACUGGGGGCAGUGGGCCUGGGGCACCACAGCUCAGGGACGCGCUGGGCAUCAGUCCACGUGUGGUGAGCGACUGUGUUGUGUAUCACUUGUUUUGUAUAUUCUUACAUCAUUUGCAUUCUCAUUAUUCUUUUCCUCUUCUGUACUAUUAAACUGUCUUUAUUUCAA